CCACCAUGGAAUACCAGCCCGUCGUCGUCGCAAAGCAUCCGAGGCCUGCAGCGACAAAGCAUAGCGCAGAAUCCCGGUACUGGCGGCAGUUCAAACACCCAGUCUUCAUCAAGGAAUAUGCACCCAUCACCUCCAUACAUUUCUCCUCCUCCAAGCCGCAUAGAUAUGCUGUGACCGCUGCUACUCGUGUUCAAAUAUACGCACCGCGGACGCAGAAAGUAACGAAGACGAUCUCGCGUUUUAAGGAUGUUGCGCGUAGUGGGUGCAUACGAGGAGACGGUAAAUUGGUCGUAGCAGGAGACGACGCGGGCUUGGUCCAGGUAUUCGACAUCAACUCCCGCGCAAUCCUUCGUACGCUUGAUUCCCACAAACAACCCGUCCAUGUCACAAAAUUCUCCACCCUCAACCAUACCCAAGUACUCUCCUGCUCCGACGAUACCACAGUCAAGCUAUGGGACGUACCAUCCCAGUCAUGUAUUACUACCUUCGUAGACCACACCGACUACGUCCGCUCAGGACAGGUCUCCUCCUCCAACCCUAAUCUCAUCCUCACUGGCUCAUAUGACGCAACGGUACGGCUAUACGAUGCAAGAACAGGAGAAUCCGAGAUGGUCAUGGGCGGCAGCGCUAGCGAGGGCGGGGGACGCAACACUGCACCGGUAGAGCAGGUCCUGAUGUUCCCCUCCGGAACGGUCGCACUGUCCUCCGCCGGCCCUAUUUUGCGUGUGUGGGACCUUGUCGCAGGAGGCCGGUGUACGCGCGCGUUGUCAAAUCAUCAGAAGACUGUUACAGCGUUGGCAUUCGACUCCAAGGCAAGUAGGCUGCUCACCGGUGGGCUAGACCAGAUGGUCAAAGUGUACGACGUCGGCACCUACAAGGUCGUCCACACGAUGCGCUAUCCCGCACCCAUUCUCUGCCUUGCAGUAUCACCUGAUGAGACGCAUAUUGCUGCGGGAAUGUCAGACGGCACAUUGUCUGUGCGUCGCCGACAACCUAAGGCAUCUGAACCCGCUGCCCAAGACCUGCUGUCUACUGCAGCACUCCGCACAGGCGCGUACGACUCGUUCCUGAGCGGCACGCUGCCUACCGUAGGCCAGGGCCGCAUGCGCGAGAAGACGAAGUCCAGGCCGGUAGGCGAUGUAAAUGAGUUUAAGGUGGAGAGCAAACGAAAGAAGCGGUUGAGAGAGUACGACCGACUAUUGAAAGGAUUCAAGUACUCAGCAGCUCUGGACUCUGUCUUGCGCAAGCAAGUACCACCGACCACUACGUUCUCGCUCAUUCAAGAACUCAUCCACCGGGAUGGCUUACGGUCAGCGCUGGCCGGUCGUGAUGAUGUCCUCCUUGAGCCUGUACUACGUCUACUCCUGAAACAUGUUGCGGACCCACGAUUCGGUGAAAUGGUGUGCGACGUUGCUGGUGUAGUCAUAGACAUGUACACACCUGUCCUUGGACAGUCACCGCUCAUCGACACCCUCUUUGCCCGCUUGCGGAAAAAGGUCACCGCCGAGCUUCGCUUUCAAAAGGAGCUUAUCAAGACGAAGGGCGCACUGGAUAUGCUGCUCUCCUCUGUCGCUCUCAUCGCCGUUGCGUAGCACGUGGUCCAGCCAUGGCCUCUACUUUGCGAUCGGCACGGCACCAGCAAGUGUCCGAUUGCUCAAAAGUAUAGUACAGUAUACAUUAUCAGCACCCUUCCAGGAAGGCAAUCAGAUUGCGCAGGAUUUCUUUGCG